UUGUUCAUUUACCUGUGCACGCGUACACGUCGUCGUCGUUUUCAGCGGCAACGUGUUGUCACCCCCAUCAAUUCGCACGACUACAACCAACGACGGCGCCGCCACCACCGACCAAAGCGACCGGUCACGAAAACUCUACACACAACCCUUGCGCCUCUCCACAAGAGCACUCGCAUAUCCUAAAAACCGAACGAAGUGCCAAGGAUUGGUCAACUGCUCUACCAGAAGCCUAUCGCCGCGACCUGGAGAGCCCAUUCUCCUAAUUGGACGGACUCAAUGCGCCGGCUCCUGGUCGGAGAGCCUCGAGCAACCUGAAUAUCCCGCAGAGAAUAGAGAGAGAGAGGACCUUUGUCCAGCCCGCGAGUGUCCGAGAAAACGGUGUCGCCGUCGCCAUCGUCAUCGCCUUUGUUGAGAGCAGGCGUCCUGGAAUAAAAAAAAAGGAUCCGCUUUUACUCGAAGCAACUUGGAGCAAAAGAUGGCCACCCAUGGACGCUGGUCAGUUGGGUGAAAAUUUUCCAAACAGUGUUCUGAGAAGUUUACUGAUUUUGAGAAGAGAUUGUGAUUGUAAUGAUUGGAAGAUGUUCAAAGUAACGGAAAAAAGUGAAAAGAUUGAAAUUCAUUGCUCAACAGAAGAGUAAAAGUUCUGGAAAUGUGAAUAACGAACGACACCCACCGUGUCCGCAAUGGAAUAAUUGAUCAGGUGUCAUCAGUGAUUUGAUUCGAAUAUAACGCAAUACGUGUGCUAAAAAAUCUAUUUGGAAUAAAGUGACAGGCAAUAGCCGUUAAAUACAGAGGUGGUAUAAUUGUACAAAACCUGAGUGAUCGCCAUCGACUCAAUUUAGUUGGAAAGUAAAAUUUGAAAAUCUCGUAAGGAGAAAAAUUGAACCACCAGCAUUUCCGCGAUGACGCAAUUGGAGGACGAUGUUCUGUUGAACAAUCUGCUCAAGUUUCCCGGAACCAUCAUUAUCUACAACAAUGACCUGAAUACCUACAAUUACGUCCUAAACGGUCACAACUCCAUUCCGCUAACUCCCGCCACCACAGCUCUAGCCGAAGGUACCAUCGAUCUAAAUGGUACAGUUUCGAUCAACGUCGAAACGGUGCCACCUGACGGUGCUCCACCCGAGUCUCCUUCCACAGCGGACUCGAUCCUUCAACAUCAACAUCAUUACGAAGAGGCCAGCAGCAGCAGCAGCACCACCACCACCGCCAGCAGCGGUGGCAGUGUGGUCUGCAACGAAUCUCUUGCCAACACUAGCAUUCAGGAAGACUGCGAACUGACCGAAGACAUGAUGGAAGCUGAGGAGGAAGACGACUCCGAACCGGAGUUGACUAACCUCUCGUGGCUGACGGAGCUCAAAAACAUUACCAACCUGACGCCGUCGGAUAUCCCGCUAACGGAUCUGCCGACGGCGCGUUUCAAUAAAUUCAUCGCCCAGGUGCGAAGGAGCCGCGAGUCGUACGACAAACGCAAGGAGCAGUACACUUCACUUUCGAACGCCGUGGAAAAGCCACCCUUCAACUAUGCGCAAAUCAUUGCAAUGGCCAUGCUCGAAGAGGGUCGCAUGACCUUGAAACAAAUCUGCAAGUGGAUACAGGAAAAAUUUGCCUACUACAAGAUGCACAAAAAUUGGAAUAAUUCCAUCCGCCAUAAUCUCUCGCUGAGUUUCUACUUCACCAAAGUAUCGCGCGCCAAAGAUGAGAAAGGCAAGGGAGGCUACUGGGAACUCUCGAUGGAUGUGUCGAAAAGCGAAAGGAAGCGAAUCAGAAUUCGACAGCGCAAUCGAGGUAACUCGGCCGGGUCUUCGAUUCGCAGUCGAAACAGACAACGCAAGACGACAGAGAACAACGGUGAAACGUCGUUCACCGACUGCAGUGCGAAGCCUGCUCCAAGCAGCGUUGAUGGAAACAACAACGACAGUCAAACUACUACCGUUUGCUACACGGAAACCAGUGCCGAACACAUCAUCAUGGAGGAUGAUCACAUCGUUCACAAUGUCACCAUCGACAGCAUGGACAAUGUCAGCAAUGCCGAUUCGGGUUGCGUAGAUGUUGAUCAAACGUCUACCGUCAGUGAAUCGCCCGCCAUGCCGGUCAACGAUGACCAACUGAUUCGAUCCACCCCCCUGGUGGAGAACUGCAACAUUAAUUUCGAUUCGAUUAUCAAUGCGGAAAAUGGAACCAACAUUUUCACCAAUCUUAGCGUUGAUGAGCAGAUCUUUUCAGACAACGAGAUUCCCCAACCGGCCAACGACGACAUCGUGGUACCGUUCUUCGGUACCAACGGUCAACAGACGGUGCAGACCGGCCCAAAUGUGAUUGUCGAAACGAUUCCGUACUUUCUUCCCGAUAUGGGCAACUUUGACGAGCAGGACUUUGGCAAUUUGAUCAACAUCAACGAGCAGGAAAUCAGCGACGAGUUUCUUAACGAACAUGGCUUCUUGUAAGGCUGUUGAUUAUUGGAUGCGAAAUUUUUUUGAAUCUGUAGAAUGUAAUCCAAAUCCACAACGAUUGUUGGUGCCUUUCUCAAAGCAGUGUUUAUUCCGUCCCUGUAGCCAUAACAUAAAACGAGAAAUAAUUGAUAAUCGUCUAGUCCAUUAACGGUAAGUUUAGAAGGAAAGGUUAUGUUUUCUCCGCAAAAGGAUAGGAAAAUAUGACGUAAUGUUUGCAGCCGAUGAAAAAAAAGUGCCGAGUAUGAAGUAAGAGGGAAUAAGAAUAAGUCUGAACUUCAGUGAAACCAUGAACAUGUCUAAUCUGUUGAAACUAUUGCAUUGUAUUAAGGAUGAACCAUCAUACUCAUACUCUCUACUGCGUAGUGUGAUAUAUGCAAGCACAAUAAAAAUUAUUCCUGCACAAAUUUAACUUAAACUUGCAGGAUUUUUAUUUACGGCAACGGGAAUCUUCCUCGCAUGUAUCUGCCCAAUUUCACUCCCUUGUUUCUUCACGAAGUUUUUGCAAAUUUUUUGACAAAGUGUUCUGAUUUUUUGUUUUCAUUCCAACAGCAGAAUCAUACAACUGGUCAAAAAACAAGCCAUCCAACAGGAGGAUGCCGCAAUGAGUGGGGAGA